AAUGGUGCCAGCGUUGCUAGGAUUGUUCCUUAUGCAGCUUUGCAUUACAUGGCAUACGAAGAGUAUCGCCGAUGGAUCAUUCUUGGUUUUCCUAAUGUUCAACAAGGGCCUGUUCUUGAUCUAGUGGCUGGAUCAAUAGCUGGAGGAACAGCAGUCGUGUCCACAUAUCCGCUUGAUCUGGUUCGCACGAAGUUGGCUUAUCAGGUCAAAGGUGCAGUGAACCUCAGUUUAAGAGAAUCUAAGCCCUCAGAACAGGUUUACAAAGGGAUCCUUCAUUGUUUGAAAACAAUUUACAGGCAAAAUGGCUUGAAAGGCCUAUACUGUGGCAUGGCUCCAUCAUUAUAUGGAAUCUUCCCUUAUUCCGGUCUUAAAUUCUAUUUCUAUGAGAAGAUGAAGACUCAUGUUCCUGAAGAGCACAGAAAAGAUAUUAUACCAAAACUUGCUUGUGGGUCAGUUGCUGGUUUGUUAGGACAGACAAUAACGUAUCCCCUUGAUGUCGUUAGGCGGCAAAUGCAGGUUCAGGCGCUCUCAUCGUCCAACCUCGUAAAGGGGAAAGAAACAUUUAGAAGCCUUGCUAUGAUAGUGAAACAUCAAGGUUGGAAGCAACUGUUUUCAGGACUAUCUAUCAACUAUUUGAAGGUGAGACACUUAUAACACUAAUUUUUUUCGACAAAGGGUGCUUUUUUAUUGACUCAUAGUGUAGCGUCGAGGGAUACAAUCAUAAUGAGUACACACCCGGCCUCUGCACAACUAGGAUGCACACAGCCAACACAACACACGCACCCACACGAUCACUUCGGCAAAGAGCAAAGUCAUAAAAGACCAAAGAUAUGCCUAGGUGGAGAAAA